UGUUGGAGACUAUAGGGUAUGUGUAAAACUUAAAUUCAAAGUCUAGGAUUAUAAGCUGAUCUUGGGUUCUUUUGUCAUUGUUGUUGAAGUCGUUGGUAAAAUUUAGUAUUGCAUGUAGAAUUUAAUUUUUAGAGGCUUACAACAAUUGUCGUGGAAAAUUUGUGAUAGAUGCCAAGGAUCUUGAUGAAGAAAAUUCAGGGAGCGAUAGCUAAGCUGAUUUGACUUAUAUUGUUGCUGGAAUUUGGACCCGAGGGCGACCACUGGGCUAGGAAGGAGGAACUCCGGUGAGAAUCGGCGAGCGGCGGUGGUGGGGACACCAGCCUGUCUGCCAUUUAAUUGUAGUUUGUCUGUUAUUUUCUUGGAGUCUUGAGUUUUUAAUUUACAUCCAGUAUUUUAAUUUGAAGUUCAGUUCAAGUUAUGUCAGCCCAGUCCAAUUUUGGUUUGAAUUUGUGUCAAGCCUAGACUAAGUCAUGUUCACAUGGGUUACAUAAUGAAACCAGCCCAAAGAACCCAAUGCCAGCAACCCUAUGGAUCCUACCACCCCAUCUCGAUGUGUCCAUCAAAGAACACCCAUCAUGUGGAUCCCACGGUAUCCUCUAUCGCACCUCAGCCCGGUUUCACAUCAUUUAAGAGCUCCAUCGUGAAUUCCUCAUCCCAACAAAGCAUCCCAGCCCGGUUCUCCUCUUCCCGAAAAGGACUCCAAUACAGCCCAACCGAAGCAAUUGAAGACAUUCCAGCCUGCAGCCGGUUCUCCCCGAUUCAGCCAACGAAGGAUAUUCGAAAUGAUGCUGUGAAGAGUCCCCAUUUUCCAUCGGGAUUUCCCUUGCAGUUACAGCCGAAGAAGAUGAAGAGGAAGUUCAGCCUUUUUCCUCCUUUCCCGAAGCAAGAACCCAGCCGGUUCUUCUCCCAGGUUCUUCCCUUCCCGCAGAAGCUCCCAAACCGAAGAAAACCCACCCGGUUCCAAGCCCUCCAGCCGUUCCUUGAAGAAUCCCAAAAGGCAUCCCGUUCUUCUUCCCAAAGCAUUUCAAGCUCCAAGUCUUCUCCCCAGGUGGCUCUUCCCAACAUUCCAAAGUCAGCCACGUCUUCAUUAAAAUCCCAUCACAAGAUGUGCAACCGGCUUCUUCCCAAGAUCUACUCGGAGUCCACCGUGUGCCGAGACGAAAGGCGGCCCGUUCGACGAUCCCGGAUCUCAGGGCCUUCCUCCCUCUUCCAGGAUUCCAAGCGUCGUGUCGGUGAGAAUCUUUCCACUUUUAUCAGGAGUAGAUCGUUAUUGGUAAUCAUGUGACAAAAAGCCCUAUUUUAUGCUUAACCCGGUAUAAUUUAAAAGUUAGAUCGAGGUGCCUUAAUUUUGUGUCGAUUUCUUAAUCGACACCGGUCCAUAUUUUCUUAAUUUAAAAAGGAAUAGAAUUUUCUGCAUUUUGUUCCGCAUCAGUUUGGUAUCAGAGCCAGUCUGUUAGGGCACCAGUUUUAUUUUCUGCAUUAGUUGCAUUCAAAAAAAAAAAAUGAAAUCCCCAGUUCUUUCAGCUCUUGAGGAGAUCAAUGACAAAUUAGGCAAGAUAUGUGUUCGAUUCGAUUCCCUUGAAAAACAUGAGGAUAUGAACAGUCCCUCCAUAUCAAAUAACCUCAGAAAUAGAUAUCAUCAUUUCAGUUAUGAUAGGGCUUACCCACGUGGUUAUCAGGAAAAGCCAUACCACCUCGGGUUCAAUAGACAUCAUAUGACCCGUCCACAUGAAACACCGAGUCUGAGCUUCUCGAGCCUUAGAUCUGAAUUCCGUCAGACUUCCAGACCCAGAACUGUUUUAGCCGCACCCAACUGUCCUCCACCAGUGAGUUCUCAACCCCGAGAGAAAUCUAAGAAUUAUAGCACCCUGGUCGAGAAGCCUAAAAUAUGUAGCUCCAAAGUUAGAUGUCUCAACUGCACCGGAGAAGGUCACUUUGCAAGUCAAUGCCCCUCCGAGCUUCUAAACCUUGGAGUAACCGAAAAAGAACAUCCUGAGGAAAUUUACAUAGCGGACCUAGACCUAACUGAAGCCUAUGAUGAACCGAGUCCAAUUAAGGAAGUUCAGCUAGAACCGAAGGUAAUUAAUUUGGAAUGCACCCCGGCCCAACCAAAAGAAAAUAUAAAUUGGCCGAGUAUCAUUAUCUCUAAUACCUUCAUAGGUUUAGAAAUUGAUCUUCGCCGAAUUUUUAUUGAUAGAGGUAGCUUCACCCAUGUAGUCUCUGCUAUUUUAAAAGAUGGGCUAAUAGCUGUUGACCACCCGAGCCCAUACACGAUAACCUGGCUAGAGACAGCAUUAAUACCUAGGCACCACUCCUUUAAACGAGUUUAUUUCCAAUCAUAUGAGGAAGACGUGCCGCAUGACGUACCUCCUAGGAAUGUUGCCAGUAUAACCCUAGGAAGGUAUAAUCAAAAUGCUAAUGGAAAUGACCAUUUAAAAUUCAGUGGAAAAAAAUAUGACCCUGGACUGUAUUCGCCAAUACCUUUAUCUGACUAUCCAUGGAAGCAUAUCCGAUUUGCCAAAUAUGUCAAGAAAACUUUGUGGCAUUUAUUAGGGGUAAAAUGGAAAUUUUCAUCUGCAUACCUUCCACAGACCGAUGGUUAGCAUUUUAAGAGUCCAGUAGAGUAACUUUGCAUUUAGGGUUAUUAGAGUCAGAUCCAUUGCAUGCAUAUCAAUCGAGUUUCUUUUUUUUAAAAAAAAAGAAAGUGGAUUAAAUUAUGGCAUCAUCUCUACCUUUUAAUAUUUCUAAUCUGGUUAUGCAUAAAGCCAAUAACGAUACCCAGCGAGAUUUGAGCCUAAUCCUUCCUUUGAGAGUGAACCCUUACCAGAGUGUCCACGGCCAGAAAUUUUGAAGAAACACGAUAGCAUUGAGAAUUCUGGACGAGCAAAAUAUUUCUACCAGGAGGAAUGGAUACCAGAGGUACCUGGUUCGUUGGUAAGGUCAGCUAAAAUCUUUGACACUGAGUAACCCGAGAAGAGCUGCACCAGUUUUCCCUAAUAUUCUACCAGGUCCAAACCAUAUUUCAUUCGACGGAGUCGAAUUUUUUUCAGCCUGGGAGAAUUGGUGGGGACACCAGCCUGUCUGCCAUUUAAUUGUAGUUUGUCUGUUAUUUUCUUGGAGUCUUGAGUUUUUAAUUUAUAUCCAGUAUUUUAAUUUGAAGUUCAGUUCAAGUUAUGUCAGCCCAGUCCAAUUUUGGUUUGAAUUUGUGUCAAGCCUAGACUAAGUCAUGUUCACAUGGGUUACAUAAUGAAACCAGCCCAAAGAACCCAAUGCCAGCAACCCUAUGGAUCCUACCAUCCCAUCUCGAUGUGUCCAUCAAAGAACACCCAUCAUGUGGAUCCCACGGUAUCCUCUAUCGCACCUCAGCCCGGUUUCACAUCAUUUAAGAGCUCCAUCGUGAAUUCCUCAUCCCAACAAAGCAUCCCAGCCCGGUUCUCCUCUUCCCGAAAAGGACUCCAAUACAGCCCAACCGAAGCAAUUGAAGACAUUCCAGCCUGCAGCCGGUUCUCCCCGAUUCAGCCAACGAAGGAUAUUCGAAAUGAUGCUGUGAAGAGUCCCCAUUUCCCAUCGGGAUUUCCCUUGCAGUUACAGCCGAAGAAGAUGAAGAGGAAGUUCAGCCUUUUUCCUCCUUUCCCGAAGCAAGAACCCAGCCGGUUCUUCUCCCAGGUUCUUCCCUUCCCGCAGAAGCUCCCAAACCGAAGAAAACCCACCCGGUUCCAAGCCCUCCAGCCGUUCCUUGAAGAAUCCCAAAAGGCAUCCCGUUCUUCUUCCCAAAGCAUUUCAAGCUCCAAGUC